AUGUCGCUCUUGUCUUUAUUCGAAAUGACUCGCUUAUUAGAGCUAGCCGCCGAACGACCGUUGGCCUACUGUUAUUCUAUAUUAUCGCCGAGGUUCAAACGGUACCUUCUGGCCUAUAACGGUUCGACUAUACUAUACGUCUAUAUUGCAUUAGUUAGAGAAUCUCAGGAGGGAAGUAGUGACGUAAUGGCCACAUUUUCCGCGGAUCUCGUUCGUUAUAUCUCUUUAGCCACAGAAAGCUCUAUAUCAUUCCUAACCCUAUUUACUAGACCCUAUAGACUCACUGAAGAUGUCGAGCUAUAUAAAACUACCCUAUUAAUUACGAGCGAAUUUGGUAUUGCAAUAUUAAUCCUAUACCUUAAGAAGAUGAUCCACGUGAGCACCUCUUAUAUUAGUCUUCGUUCAAUUCCCGCUAAUAAAGUAGAGUCGGUAAUUAUGGCCGAAGAGCUACUUAAUAACCUACUUAGUGACGAUAUUUUAGAUAAGGGUUAUAUAGGUCAAAUGUUCCCAAAAAGCCUCUACCUCUAUGACACUGACUAA